GAAAAAAGAGGUUCCUUCACUUUUACAAGUGCAAUUAUAUUUUCAAGCUUUCUUUCUUUCUUUCUUUCUUUCUUUCUUUCUUUCUGUCUUUAAUGUGUUUAAAGACGGAGUCUGGUCCUGUGCUCAUCUGACCAAUCAGCACAGAGGUGAGCUGAGGAGCGGUUCGGUACUGGGAAGUUGCCAGCUCGCAUCUGGAGUGGGCGACGCAGUUUUUACGCACGGAGCUCGGGGGGAAGAGGGGCAACAAGGAGGAAUUGCUGCACAGAGGAGUUGUUGCCAGUCGACCGUUAGGUUUACAGCUACACUGCUCUCUGCGUUUUAUCUUCUGACGAAGUUUAACCAGCUCACGUGUUUUUAUCUACACAUUUCAUGAUGUGUCUGCAAAUUUAGUUGAAUUUUGGAUUGCAGGAGGAUAAUUGCCCAACUUUUAACAAAAAAAAACAAAAAACAAAACAUCAGGUUUUUGAUGGAAAUGACCACAGCCAUGGAGAAAUCCAAAAACUUCCACAUCGAUGCGCUUCUGGCGCACGACGUUGCGCUGCGCAGAGACGGAGACGCGGCGUCGCCGAGGCGCAACCGGAGCCCCGUCAGCGGCCGCGGCAGCCCCGCGUCAUGCCGGGGAUCCGAGUCCCCUUCCCCUAAAGACAUCUCUCAUAUCCCGCCAGGCUUCUUCCCGAAAUCCCCCCUCCUCAACUUCUCUCACUCGGGAUUCGCCGCGCUGCCCCAGGCGGUUUUCCACGGAGUGUAUUCGAGUCCGCUGUACCCUCUGGCGGGCCUGGGAGGCCAGCAGCCCGCCCUCAUCUACCCCGGCUUAGCCCAGUUUGCCCAGCCGUACCCGGAGCAGCUGAAGGCGGCGGCGGUGGCCGGGGCACUCCCGCUGGAGUCCUGGCUACGAGCCGGCAUGGUCAUUCCCAGACUGGGGGAUGCGGCCCCGGCCCAGCCAGGUUUGUUGGGGAAGUGUCGGAGGCCCAGGACGGCCUUCACCAGCCAGCAGCUGCUGGAACUAGAAAACCAGUUCAAGCUCAACAAGUAUCUGUCCAGACCCAAACGCUUUGAGGUGGCAACCUCACUCAUGCUGACCGAAACUCAGGUUAAGAUCUGGUUCCAGAAUAGACGUAUGAAGUGGAAGCGCAGCCGCAAAGCCAAAGAUCAGACUGCCUCAGCCCCAACAUCUUCUGACACAGAGAGACCUGGAGCUGACAGACCAAACACCAAUGCAACUGAGGACACCCACAGUUCCAGCCUUGAAGAUGAAGAGGAGCUAGAAGGAGAGGAUGAGGAGGAAGAUGAGGAGAUAGAGGUGUCAAGGGCGGGGUCUUUAGGCUCUGUAGGCUUCUUCAGGCACACAGCAGGAGGAGGAAGAACAGGGAACUACAUCAAUUUCUCUAAGGAGGAGUUAAAGGAUGGAGGCGCAGAGAGGAGGACUGGGGUUUGCCUUUAGGGGAAAAUGUUUAGCAUGCUUUUUAUUGUUCCUCUUUUUCAGUUCAUUAUUCUUUACAAAGAAUGCACAAUGAAGUCAGAUACAUAAAUAUGGUGGUUCCACCUUGCCCAUCCCGCAGAGCUAGCAUGUGUAAAGCUGGAGUUUUCAAACUAGAAAUAUUAGCCAAUUGGACAUUUUACACUGUGGGCUGGGUUUGAAAAUAGGAGGCUAUCAUCUUUAUGCAUCUGAUCCAGUCAUGGGUUAAGUGGGCCAUAUCUAUCUGCAUCUCAGCAAGCAAGGCUUACAGACAAUGGACCUGAGCCACUGGUCAUAUGAAAGAGUUGUGGUGUUCUUUUCAAAUGCCACAAAAAUGCCUGUCCAAUGAUUCUAUAUUUAUUUAAAACUAUGAUUAGAGCUAAUGACAGGGAAGGAUGGGACAUGAGCUGGUUUUCCAUGUUAUUGUGGCCUCUCAUUUGAUGAUUGGUUGAAGUGUGACAAGACAGUGUCAGUAUUACAUUGUUACAAAUGCUUCUGUUACAAAAUAAUAUAUACUCCCAAUAUGGUCUUUCUUCUAGAAUCUACAUUUGGUGAAUUACAAAUAUUCCGAUAUUAUAACAUAUCCAACCAACAAAAAAAAGAAGCAUAUAUGAGAUAAUUAAAUUCCCACACAUUCACAUUGAAAGCUGACAUAUACUGAAGGUCAUCAUUGUUUUAGAGGCUGUUGACUUAAGCAAAAAAAAAAAACCCAAAAAAAUCAGUACUGUACAAUUGAAUUUACUGUAUUCAUCAUCUGAACCGCUUAUCCUGCUCUCAGGGUUGCUGGAACCUAUUCCAGCAGUCAUUGAGCAGCAGGCAGGGAGACACCCUGGACAGGUCACCACACCCUCCACACACAUUCAUUCAUUCAUUCAUUCAGUUAUACCUAGGGACAAUUUUUAGUAUGACCGAUUCACCUGACCUACGUGUCUUUGGACUGUGGGAGGAAACCGAAGCCCUCGGAGGAAACCCACGCAGACACGGGGAGAACAUGCCAACUCCACACAGAGAACAACCCGGGAUGACCCACCAAGGUUGGACUACCCCGGGGCUCGAACCCAGGACCUUUUUGCUGUCAGGCGACUGCGCCACCGUGCCACCCUGCGUUUAUCAAAUAUAACAAAAUAUAGAAAGGGGUUUGAGUAGUCUAUUUUCAUCAUUAUUUAAAACUGAAAAACUCCACAAAAUGUUCCAGGCUGACUUUUAAACGCACACACACACACACACACACACACACACACACACACACACACACACACACACACACACACACACUAGUUAGAAAGGCUGCAAUUAGAUUAUUUAAACCACUAAGAUAUUACUUCUUUUAAACUGUCAUUUUCCCUGUACUGUGUAAAUUGUACUCUUAUUACAGCAUAUGUAAUGCAGAUUAUGUUAUUUAAUUUAAAGACUUAGAUCCUAAUAUAUUUUGCU